GCUACGAAGUUUACUAUAUAAACAAACAAACUAAGAAAGUAAAACAAAUACUUGAAAUUUCAGAACAAAAAAAUACUAAAAAAAAUGGGUGAACUUCAAGUAGAGAUCAAUACUAGUAUUGUUCCGGUGAUUGAUCUGCGAUAUUUCGGAGAUUCAGAUUACGACAAGCUUAGAGAAGCUUGUGAGGAAUGGGGGUGUUUCAGGAUAGUCAACCAUGGAAUGUCACCGAAUCUGAUGGCUGAGAUGAAGGAGACGGUGAGAUGUCUUCUGGACCGUCCGAUGGAGAUCAAGCGGCGCAACGUUGACGCCAUAGCGGGAAGCGGGUACAUGGCACCGUCGGCGAUCAACCCUCUGUACGAGGCGUUGGGCCUCUAUGACUUAGGCUCGCCGGAGGCUCUUUCUUCCUUUUGUGAUCAGCUGGAUGCGUCUCCUCACCAGAGAGAGAUAAUAGAGAAGUAUGCUGGAGCAGUGCAUGAGCUAGCCAUGGACAUUGGGCGAAAGUUGGCAAAGAGCAUUGGUUUGGAUAGCGAUUUGUUCAAGGGAUGGCCUUGUCAAUUCAGGAUAAAUAAGUACAAUUUCACUCCCAAAUCCAUCGGUUCCUCUGGUGUUCAGAUUCACACGGAUUCGGGAUUUCUGACCAUUCUUCAAGACGACGAAAAUGUCGGCGGUCUUGAAGUGAUGGACAAAAAUGGUGAAUUCUUGGCAGUGGAUCCUUGGCCUGGGAGCCUUCUGCUCAAUCUUGGGGAUGUUGCUAAGGCGUGGAGCAACGGGAGAUUCUGCAAUGUGAAGCAUCGCGUACAAUGCAAGGAAGCUAGUAUUAGGGUUUCGAUAGCUUCGUUUCUAUUGGGACCGAAGGGGGAAGAAGUUGAAGCCCCUUCAGAGUUGGUGGAUGAUGAACACCCGCGUCUUUACGUUCCUUUUUCUUACGAAGACUACAGGAAGAUCCGACUCUCCACAAAGUUGCAGGCCGGUGAGGCCCUUGAACUCGUACGAGCACGAGUCUCACUAAAUUCGUGCUGAACUUUCCAAAUACACCUUAUUAUGCUUUCAGAAUAUGCAUUUAUUAGGAAUACAAAAAGAGUAGUAAAACAAGUAGUUUUAUCUUGUGAAGCGAACUGUAAUACUAGUGAACCAUGGCAAGGGUUGCCGAAUGAAAAGAUCAAGUUUUAAGACUUGAUCAUAGUUCUU